UCUCAAUCCUCAAGUGACUUGAACAUGGAUUUACAACAUGUACUGCAGACUGACAUUUUGUCCAUAAUAAUGGCCAUAGCGGUUAUUAUUUUACUUUGGAAGUACAUGGGGAAACAGAGAAGUUAUGGACAUUUGCCACCGGGUCCUUCACUAAUUCCUCUUCUUGGUAACUUGUUACAAAUGGAUCUGAAACGACCGGACAAGUCCUACAUGGAGCUCAGUAAGAAAUACGGCUCAGUGUUUACUGUGUGGUUGGGCCCCAAACCUGUAGUGGUGGUCUCUGGCUAUCAGGCCAUCAAGGAAGCUCUGGUAGACCAAGGAGAAGAGUUCAAUGGAAGAGCCAACCCUGCCAUUACCCUGAAACUCUUUAACGAGCACGGGGUGGGAUCAAGUAAUGGGCAGAGAUGGAAAACUCUUCGCAACUUCUCCUUGACGUCCCUGAAAAACCUCGGAAUAGGAUGCAGGAGCCUCGAGGAGAGGGUCCAAGAGGAAGCUAAGAGUCUAGUGAAAGCCUUCAGUGAAUAUGGAGGUAUGUUGUUUAAGUCUGUGACAUCUGUUUAUUCCACUGUGAACCCCAAAGAGCUCCUGUUCCAUACUAUCAUCAACCUAUUCUGGUCCAUAGUCCUUGGGCGCAGGUUUGAAUACAACGACCCAGAGUUUCAGAUCUUCUACAAGCCUGUCUAUACAUACUUCGACAUGCUAAAAAGCAAAGUGUCAAUGGUAUGGUAG